AAGAAGUUUAGUGUUCUUAGCAAAGUGUUUGGCUCCACUGAAUGAUUUAGUGUCAAGUGUUAAAUCAUGAAAGCUGUUUUUGGAUUAUUUCUGACCCUACUUAGACUAUCAAAUGCAGGGAAUAUCUACUGUGACGGCAGAGAAGAUGGUGCUUGGUGUUUUGCUGCUUUGGGAGGUACUGUGAUCAUCCAGCUAAUGAACAGCACCUCAGGAAUAACUAAAUAUGAGUGGAAAAAUAAGACAACAGUCAUUCUUAAAGGCACAGAAAAUAACUUUACUCUUCAGAACAGAUCAUGUUUUAUUCCCAGCAAUGGUACAGUUGGAAUCAAGAACCUCAACAUGACAGACAGUGGUGAAUAUACUCUGAAUGUCUUUGAUUCAAAAGGAAAAAAUGUUGAAAGCCGAACCCUUCAGUUGAUUGUUCAAGCUCCUGUGUCCUCUGUCCAGUUGGUCACUGAGUGUUUGACUCAGUUAGAGAUGAAGGUGUCCUGUCUCUCUGAUGGAGGGGACAGUCCACAGUAUAGCUGGACUCUGGAUGGACACAAACUGACAGACUCUGAGCUUCUCUCUGGACAAAGUGAAACUAACGUCAUCAUUCUGAAACAAAGUGUAACAGGACGUCUGGCCUGCUCAGUGGGAAACCAAAUUAGCGUUGGUUCCAAAGAACAGAAUAUAUCUGCUUGUAAAGAAUAUACAGCAAGUGAAACUCACUGUGAUGGUACAGAGGAUGGAGCUCAGUGUUUUGGUGCUUUGGGAGGAGCGGUGAUCAUCCAGCUGACGAACAAUAUCUCAGGAAUAUCUGAUCAUAUAGGAGGAAAUAGCACAUCACUAAUACUCAGUGCCAAAGACAAUAAUUCUUUCUUGAAUUUCAAUCAAAGCAGAUCUUUUUAUGUUUCCAGCAAUGGUACAGUUAUCAUUGAGAAUCUCAGCAGGACCGACGAUGGUCAAUAUAUUUUAGAAAUCUUUGAUUCUGAAGGACAGAAAACACUGCGAACUCUUCAUUUGACUACUGAAGCUCCUGUUUCCUCUGUCCAACUGGUUUCUGAGUGUUUGUCUCAGGGACAGAUGAAGGUGUCCUGUUUAUCUAAGGGAGGGGAUAGUCCUCAGUAUAACUGGAGUCUGAAUGGAAACACACUGAGUGACUCUGAGCUUCUAUCUGGACAUAGUGAAACUAAUAUCAUCAUUUUGAGACCGAAUAUCCCAGGACGUCUGGUCUGCUCAGUCAGGAAUCAAGUCAGCUAUGCCUUGGAGGAAAAAGUUCUUUUUGUUUGUCCAGAUACCUCCCUACUGAUACACAGCUUGCUGUUUGUCACAACCCUUCUUUCAUGUGCUGUGAUCUGCCUCUACUUCCAACUGAGGAAGAACAAAUGCAACAGGGAGUUUGUCACAUCAUGAAAAACAGAUUCCACAGAGGAGAAGUAGUCAUUUAUUUCAUGACACCUCAGCAAGUAAACCUUGUUUAAAGUUUAGAAAAAGCAAAUUAAUGGCAUAAACCAACAGCCUAUUUCAUAGCGUGUUUUUAAGACAUGUUGCUCUUUAUGAGAUAUUAAAUGCUAAAUUAUAUGUAGAUAUGUUGUUU